GUUAAAAAUCUCGGUACCUACUCCAUUUCCAUAGUUGAAUGCAGUGAAAAAUGAAGAAAAGUUGGUUAAAAAUGCCGAGCAGUAGGUACAGAAGUAUGAAUUAUAGGCAUUAUGUCGUAUUGUUAUGGAAUUUUCUCAUCUGUAAAACUUUUCAAAAUACUGCUAACUCGCCGCUUGUCAACGAUUCUAUCGUCAUCGUGGCUGAUCCAUCUUUCAUCUCAUCACAAGAAAUGCGAUUAGAACAUGUUAUCGAAACUUAUAAAAAGUCGUUGAAAGAAACUCGCAUUGAACAUGGCAUGCUAUCUGUGGAACUUUUCACUAAUAUGGACAUCAAACUAACAAAAGAAUUAACUGCAAUAUUAGCAAUUGGUAACUGUCGCGAUAUUUGGAAUCUGUACAAUAAUGCUGAAGAUAAAGAUAUAAUGUACUUAGCCAUAACAGACAAUCAAUGUAAACGCUUACCUGCCAAUGAAGCUAUUACAAUUCCACUAGCGAGUGACGGUUCCGAGUUACCGCAAUUGAUAAUCGACUUACAACAAUCCAAAGCUGUAAACUGGAAAACUGCAACACUUAUACACGAUGAUUCCAUAAGCGAUGAACAAAUAAAUGAUAUUGCAGCAGCUCUUUCCGGUAAACAGUCAUUGCAAGAUCACGUCAGUGUAAUGAUAUUCAAACUUCUGCCAGCAGAAACUGAUUGGGAGAGGAGAAAAAUAGUCUUCGAUAUGUUUUAUAAAUUUCCCAACACAAAUAAAAACCAUAAUUUCAUGGUGAUCGUACGAUUCGACGCAGUAUCAUUGAUAAUUGAAACGGCUCAGCGUUUUGGAUUAACUUCACCGAUCGAUCAAUGGUUGAUUAUUAUACCAGACAUGAACAUGGGACCAUUCAACUUGGACACAUUUUCUGGUUUAAUAUCGGAAGGAGAAAAUUUCAGUUUCAUUGUUAACAAAUCGACAUCUGGAAAAAAUUGCAUUUACGGUAUGUUAUGUCACAUACAAGAAUUACUCAAAAUUUUAAUGUUGGGACUGGAAGCAAAUAUUUUUGAAGAACUUGGGCUCUCUAAAGAAAUAUCUGAAGAAGAAUGGGAAUCCAUAAAACCUACCAAAAAGGAUAGGAGAGAAUCUAUAAUAUCCUACAUAAAAGCAAAAUUAAGCGAAACCGGUGUCUGCGGUAACUGUACUUCUUGGGUCGUGAUAACUACUGACACUUGGGGAAUCGAAUUUCGCGAAACUCCGGCAAUUGCUGAGUUAUCAGCGUCAGGGAUGUGGCAAAUACAAACUGGUUUCAAGUUGAAUGAUUUUGUAUUUCCUCACAUCGAACAUGGAUUUAAAAAAAGAACCCUUUCGAUAGUCACUUUUCACUACCCUCCUUGGCAAAUUCUAAGAAUGAAUGAAUCCGGCCACGUUGAAGAAUAUAGAGGACUUGUUUUUGAAAUCAUAAAUGAGUUAUCGUUCAGUUUAAACUUCACAUGCAAUAUUAUAAUCACGUCAAAUAACACUGAAGGGUUUUCAAAUAGUUCCAAAAUUACAGAAAAAAUUGAGAUGUUACAAGGAGAGGAUGAUAGUUCUCUACUGGAACAAACAUGGAAUAAAAUGUCUGACUUGGUGCAACAAAAAAAAGUAUGUUUAAAAACAUCUUGCGCAGUUCGCAAGAUCAACCGACUUUGCUCUCACUUCAAUUCGUCAAGAAAACCCACCCCCACCCAAAUCCUCAACCAUCAUGACAAAUACAAUACCUCACUUUUCCGUUUCACGGCAAAGUCGGUAAAAAAAACUUCUAAAAAUAAGUUAGUGUGCAGAGUAAAUAGGCACCUAUCUUCAAUUUUUGUUCCUAAGGUUUUCUUAGGAGGCGCAGCUUUCCCUAUAGAUCCAAAAUUUAAAUUUUCUGUCAAUUAUACGACACCAAUUGCUAUAGAAUCUUAUAACAUAUUGACGGCGAAAGCUCAACCAGUAUCCAGGGCACUUCUUUUCACAGCGCCUUUCACAUUGGGAAUAUGGGUUUCAAUUGCUGUGUCUGUUUUAUUAGUAACGCCAAUAUUGAAUUAUUUUCAUAGAUGUACUCCGUACUACGAAUAUUACAACAUUAAACACACAGGUGGCUUGAGCCAGCCAAUUAAUUGCUUUUGGUACAUUUACGGAGCAUUACUACAACAAGGAGGAACGUAUUUACCCGAAGCAGAUAGCGGUCGUCUAGUUGUGGCUACAUGGUGGUUAUUUGUUUUAGUAAUAGUGACCACUUACAGUGGAAACUUGGUUGCAUUUUUGACAUUUCCACAAAUGCAAACCAUGGUCACUAAUAUCAAUGAAUUACUGCAAGCUGGCGAAGAUGGUAUUACAUGGGGAAUACCAAACCGUUCCAGUUUACAAAAAUUGCUUUUGGAUUUACAAGAUGAACCAAAACUUAAACAAUUAUACCAAAAAGCUGAACUACACAGGGGAGUAUCAGCUGGACUCAUGGAUAGAGUACGUAGUGGAAAAUACGUUUACAUUCAUCGAAAAACGAAUCUAUUAUUUUUAUUAAAACGUGAAUUUCAACGUACCAACAGCUGUGAUUUUGCUCUCGGUAAAAAUGAAUUUCUUGAAGAAAGAUUAGCUAUGAUUACUGCCCUUCAUAAUCCUUACUUGAAAUUAAUCAAUCGAGAGAUUGAAAGAAUGCAACACGUAGGCUUGAUAGAGAAAUGGAUGUUGGAAUACCUGCCAAAGCGAGAUAAAUGCUGGAAGAAUAAACAAACAGAUGUCACAAACCAUACAGUCAAUCUGGAUGACAUACAAGGCUCAUUUUUCGUUUUAUUUCUAGGAUUCUUAUUGGGAUUUAUAAUUAUUAACAUUGAAGUAUUAUGGAAGAAGUAUAAAAAAGUGAAAAAAGAAAAUGUAAUCCAACCGUUUGUGAUGUAAAUUCAAAAAAAUUAAAAACAAAUGAAUAAAAUGA